CCGUGUUCAAGAGCAGAAGAUCAGCUCCAAAGAUGAUGAGGAGCUGUACCAAACCCAUAUUUAAUCUGUUCUGUGUCUUCAUUUUCUUGCUAGAAGGGGUCCUGACUCAAAACACAACCAGCCAAGUUAACGUAGGUGUGGUUCUUGACUUGGAUUCCUUGGUUGGGAAGAUUGGUUUGAGUUGCAUCAACAUGGCCCUCUCAGACUUUUAUGACACUCAUGCUCACUACAAAACCAGGAUGGUCUUGAACAUCAGGGACUCCAAGAAAGGCGUCGCCGCCGCAGCUGAUGCCGCUCUCGACUUGAUGAAAAAUGUACAAGUGCAAGCAAUCAUAGGACCGAGAAGUUCAAUGCAAGCCAACUUUGUUAUCAAUCUCGGAAACAAAUCUCAGAUUCCCAUCAUAUCGUUUUCUGCAACAAGUCCUUCUCUCACUUCCCUCCAGAGUCCAUACUUUUUUCUUGCUGCACAAAGUAGCUCAAAUCAAGUGAAAGCGAUAAGUGCAAUUGUCCAGGCUUUUGGAUGGAGAGAAGCUGUACCCAUCUACGUUGACAACCAGCAUCGGGAGAGCCUUAUACCUUACUUGACGGAGGCCUUACAGGAGAUCAACACUCGCGUCCCAUAUCUGAGUGUCAUUUCUGCGUUAGCUACGGAUGACAAAAUUGCUGAAGAGCUUUACAAGUUAAUGACCAUGCAAACAAGAGUGUUCAUUGUGCACAUGACAAUGUCUCUUGGCAGUCGGAUUUUGGCCAAAGCAAAAGAGAUUGGAAUGAUGAGUGAAGGGUAUGUUUGGAUCAUGACUGAUGCGAUGACUAAUCUGUGGAGAUCAAUAGAUGCCUCGCCCAUCGAUUCCAUGCAGGGGGUUGUAGGUGUGAAGUCUUAUGUUCCUAAACCAAAAAAGCUAGAAAAUUUUACAGUUCGCUGGAGAAGGAAGUUCCAGCAAGAGAAUCCGGACUCCAUUAAUUCUGAAUUGAACAUUGUGGGACUAUGGGCUUAUGAUACAACUUUUGCUCUGGCAAUGGCAAUUGAGAAAGCUGGCACUGCAAACCUCCACUUCAACAAACCAGAUAUUUCCAGCAGUUCUGCAACGGACCUUGAAACUUUGGGAGUCUCACAAAAUGGUCCACGACUCAUCCAGGAAUUAUCAAAGUCUAAAUUCAGAGGCCUUACCGGAGACUUUUAUUUUGUUAAUGGGCAAUUACAAUCAUCCGUGUUCCAGAUAGUUAACGUAAUUGGAAGUGGGGAAAGAAGGGUCGGGUUCUGGACACCCGAAAAUGGACUUGUAAGACAAUUGGAUUUGACAAACACAAGCCCGAAUACUUCUAAGCCAAAACUUGGUCCCAUUAUAUGGCCAGGGGAUACUACCUUGGUUCCCAAAGGUUGGGAGACCCCAACGAGUGGGAAGAAAUUGAGAAUUGGGGUUCCAGUGAAAGGUGGUUUUAGUGAAUUUCUUGAGGUAGUGUGGGAUCCUCUCAAUCAGAAAGCAAAAUCAAUUAAAGGGUACUGCAUUGAUGUUUUCGAUGCUGUAAUGGAAAACAUGCCUUAUGCAGUUCCUUAUGAGUAUGUUCCAUUUGCAACACCUGAUGGAGAACCUGCUGGGUCUUACAAUGACUUAAUUGAUCAAGUGUACUAUGGGAAUUAUGACGCUGUGGUAGGAGAUACAACUAUCGUGGCAAACAGGUCAUUGUUUGUGGACUUCACAUUGCCAUACACAGAAUCUGGUGUGUCGAUGAUUGUGCCAAUCAGAGAUAACAAGGAAAAGAAUGCAUGGGUUUUCUUAAAGCCUUUAACAUGGGACCUCUGGGUAACGAGCGGUUGCUUCUUUGUCUUCAUCGGAUUUGUUGUUUGGAUUCUCGAGCACAGAAUAAACGAGGAUUUCCGUGGACCCCCUGCACAUCAAAUUGGCACCAGCUUCUGGUUCUCCUUCUCAGCCAUGGUGUUUGCUCAUCGGGAGAGAGUGGUGAGCAAUUUGGCAAGGUUUGUGGUAAUAGUAUGGUGCUUCGUCGUUCUCAUUCUCAUCCAAAGUUACACGGCAAGUUUGACUUCACUUUUAACAGUUGAGCAGCUCAUGCCCACUGUUACUGAUAUCAAUGAGCUCUUGAAGAAUAGGGAGAGUGUUGGUUUUUUGGAUGGCUCGUUCGUUGAAGGAAUCUUGUUGGGGUUGAAAUUUGAUAAAGUCCAGCUCAAGAAAUAUAACUCUCCGGAAGAACUUCAUGAACUUUUUACCAAAGGAAGUGCUAACGGCGGUAUUUCUGCUGCUUUGGAUGAAAUUCCUGGUAUUAAGAUAUUUCUUUCUAAAUACUGUGGCAAAUAUACUACAGUACAGCCAGCGUUUAAAACCGGUGGCUUUGGAUUCGUCUUCCCUAAAGGUUCCCCUCUCGUAACAGAUGUUUCAAGGGCAAUCCUGAAUGUUACUCAAGGUGACAAAAUGGAACAAAUUGAAAACUCAUGGUUAAAGGAGGAAACUGUUUGUCCUGACGUCGACCCUUCUGUUUCUUCAAGCAGUCUUGGUCUUGAGAGCUUUUGGGGCCUGUUCCUCAUUGCUGGGGCAGCAUCCAUAUCAGCUCUCAUCAUAUUUUCAGCAAGGUUCUUGUAUGAACAACGACAUGUCUUGUUUCAGUUCCGUUCUGAAACUUCAGCACGGAGAAGAAUCCGAAUUUUGUCGAGAAUCUUUGACCAGAAAGACCUGAGCUCCCAUACUUUUAGAAAAAGCGAAGUCAGAGAUCAUGCGAGCAGCACUUGCAGUGUUCACAGCAUAGGUGUUGUUGGAAGCUCACAGAACACUAACUGCCCGCCGAGUCCAUCAAGCUGCUCAAACCAGACAGAUUCUUAACACUUUGUUUUCAUUGUAGACCAAGGGAGGGUUACAGGGCAUGGUGAUCUAGCUCCGAGUGGAUCAGUAUCUCCUGAGAUAUUCCCAUCUCCGGCAAGAUCUUCACUUGAGCUUGCUAACAGAAAUGACCCAUGAGCUGAAUUGAUUCAGAUAUAUUCCCACUCAAUUGAGAACAAUAGUUGAAGAUGAAUAUUGUAAAUUGAUGAACUAGACUACAUCCGUAUUCCUGCUUCCAGGCCAAUCUUCAACAGAAUUUUACGGGGUUCUGCAUGAAAAUCCACUCCGCGCCGUAAUUGUGUAGUUGAUAAUGCUGGCAACAAGUUACUAUCAGUUGAAAAUAGCAGCACGACUUGUACGUGGAAGUUGAAAACAUGAUGCUGUAUUCAGUUAUUUUUUUAUCAAGCUUUUACUUGUAACUCUUUAUAACUACCAAGUAGCUAGUAGGCUGUAUAUAUUGUUUGGAUUAUGAAUG